CGGAAACGCGCGAGCUCGCUCUACCACUAGGUACCACGCAGCUGCAGAGUGCAGAGUAGCAGAGCAAAGUACGCAUAGUAUGUGAUAAAUAUAAUAAUACUGUGUAUAUAGAACUGUGGCCGCGAGACGAAAGCGCCAACGCGCAAACGCCGAUCCGAGCAGAACGCCAGCGGCCAGCGCAGUCUACGAGCAGCGCGCAGUCCAGUCGUGCAAUCGUUGCUCCUCUUUUUCCCCCUACCUGCUAGGCUGCUAUACACAAUAAGAUUAGUAUAUAAAUUUCCGCAAAGAACGCACCAUCAGCCUGCAGUCCGCCGUAUUCGAACUUCUCGCCUCGAAGCCGGCCAUAUUAAAAAGCGAACGAGAAAGAGAGAGGGAGAGGAGAGCCCGGGAGAGAUAGGUCAUUAUAUACUCGCAUACUUGCACGCUUUCGGUGCGAGUGUGCGUGGCGUGUGCAGAGUGCAGACUGCAGUGCCCUGUGCCAGUGCCUCUGUCCGGCUGUGCGUGCGCGAACUGCGAGUUGUAGCCAGUGAAUUUGAGGGCAGCUCCGGCUGACGAUAUUCAUAGAUACAGCUGCAGUGCUGUCGAGAAAGAGGCCGAGAGAGGAUCUCGUGGGUGUCGCCGACAAUGUCGUUGAUGCGCAGUGCCGACACGUCGCAGAAGCUGGUCCGCAGUGCCUCUGUCAAAUAACAGUUGGCCCAGAGCCGCGCGCAAAAAGACGCGUGACUGCACAGCAGAGUCGACGAGCUUCUUGUGUGCGCACAUAAGUACAUCGCAUAUUUGCCAACCACCACCACCAGUACUAGCAUUGUGCUCAGCACUUCAGCAGCAGCAGCAGCAGCAGCAGUCAAUCGGUGCGCGUCGGUGAAAUUUUGGAAGAGCUGCUCCGCUGCUGCAGUGUGACUUGCUUCUACUCGACUCUUGUGCUCUCCGUGGCUCUCAGCGCAGCUCUCUGUGGUCCGCGGCCGUCAACUUUGUCUCACACCAGGGAGUUCCAGAGCAGCCAGUGGCUGUCACAGGAACUCGACAACAGCUGUGCUAACUCUGGAAGCAAUAAAAAACAUGAGGGCCUCAAAAAGAGAUUGGAUGUUCAGGGUCCAGGUGCCUGGCCUGGAGAAAAAUGAUGUUGUUUUUGUGGUGGGCAAUCUACCAGAAUUGGGGGCCUGGAACCACAAUCAGGCCAUUCAAUUGACAAAAGAACACAGUGGCACAGAUGAAGCCUCUCCAGCAGCAUUUGAAAAUAAUGGAUCUUCUGAUUUCACUGAUUUCUACGGAAAUUCAUGCGAUGGUGCAGAUUCGGUUGGGGAUUGUUCUGCUGAGAACUCGGAAGAAGGUGGCAGGAUAUUCUCGCAGAACAUUGCUUUACCUUCCGAUGCUGAUGUACAGUUUCGUUACUUUGUAGCUGUAGUUUGCGAACCCAAUGGCACCAAAAAUUCUGCUAAAACUCUUAUUAUAAGAAAAUGGGAAACACACAUGUCACCAAGGCAGAUAAAAAAAGAUGUUCCAAGCAAUAUUUGUGCUGCUGCUGCUGGUGAAGAAUCUUUGCCGGACCCAGAUAAAUUUGGCUAUCACAAUGGGUAUCGCAAGAUUGAAAGGGGUUGGCUCACAGAUGAAACAGUAAUCCAAUUUAAACUAUUCAAUAAUCCUAUUAAACUAUGGAAAAACAGGCUACAAAAUAAGAAAGUUCAAAUAAAAAUGACCCCUGUAAACUUGGUGAGGCAUAACUCAUUAGAAUUGCAACAAUUUGGAGGUGAUUGUGUUGAUGACAGUCUUUCAAUGGAUACUCAAGAUAUUGUUGAUCAACCAGCAUUCAGUAUUACAGAAAUAGCUGUCAUGAAUGACGAAGAGGCUCAAUUCAAAUAUCAAGCUCAGUUUGGCCGAGCUUACGACGAGGACGGUUUUCUUAUUUUCAAUGUAGCAGUUCGCUAUCCAGAAACAGUCGCUUAUUUAGUGGACUACUACGUCUAUACGACGAGAUCUUUCCCUGGAGAACCACCAAAUCACAUUGGAUUUAGUUACAUUUUGCCUAGCACUUUACAGUCCAGCGUUGGACAGCUUACAGUUCCCAUAACUAGUACUAAGCACAGGCCUAUAGGACAAUUAACCGUAGAAUACGUAACCAUCAAACCUAUUCCUGACUUUCCCUGGGACAUGAGUAUUUCUUACGCAAAGCAUUGGGAACAAAGGUGGUCGGGUCUGGACGUCGGUCAUCGAGGACUUGGAACGUCUUUUACGUGCGAAAUGAAAAAUUGCGCCAACGUUCGAGAAAAUACAGUUGCAUCAUUAAAAACUGCCUCGUACCACGGUGCUGACAUGGUCGAGUUCGACGUGCAACUAUCCAAGGACUUGAUACCCGUUAUCUACCACGACUUUUACGUAUCAAUUUCGUUGAAGCGUAAAAAGCAAAUAGAUGCUAUGGACAUGUUGGAGAUACCUGUGAAGGACCUCACUUUGCAGCAGUUACACUUGCUCAAGGAUAUAUAUUACCCAGGGGACUCUUUGGGUAAGGUGCUGCAUUACCUUGAUAAAGACGAGCAGGGGGUUAACCAAUUGCUGUAUCACUUGGAAGAAAGUAAAGAAAAGACACCAAAAUUUUUCGAUGAGGAUCUGGAAGAUCAUCAGCCCUUCCCUACUCUUCAGACAGUACUUCAGGAUCUGGAUCAACACGUUGGAUUCAACAUCGAGAUUAAGUGGACAAUGCAGCUCAAGGACGGCACAUUUGAACUUAAUCAUCCGUUUGACCUCAAUUUGUACUUGGAUACCAUACUUAAAGUCGUGCUAGAACACGGCGGUGACAGGAAAAUUGUAUUCUCGUCGUUCAAUCCGGACAUAUGCGCGAUGAUGCGACUCAAGCAAAACAAAUAUCCAGUUGUCUUCCUGACGCAAGGUGUUACCGUCAAGUACCCAACGUAUCACGAUCCGAGAUGCCAGACCAUACCGAUGGCCAUGAGGCAUGCGGUAGCCGCCGACAUCCUCGGAAUUAAUGUUCACACUGAAGAUAUUCUACGUGAUCCAAGCCAAGUUAAGCUGGUCAAAGAUCGUGGACUUGUGAUUUUCUGCUGGGGGGAUGACAAUAACGACAAAGACACUAUACAACAUCUCAAGAAGCUCGGCCUACAUGCUGUUAUUUAUGAUAAAAUCGAUGAGUACAAUGCAAAAGAUGUAAAAGAGAGUAUAUUCUUGGUUGAUGCUCGUGAAAGUCAAAAGGCCCUGAUAGCUCUGGCCCAGUGUAACCAGCAGCAGCAGCAACAGCAGACAUGCGCCACGUCCACGACAGCUGCCUCGCUAGCAGUACCAUUCGUCAGCAGUUCUACUGUUGGCGGUAGCGAGAGCGAUGACAGCGUCGGCGGCGCAAGUGUCAGCCUGGCGAAUAGUAACUGUGAUAUAAUGCAACAGGACAAGGAUAUCCGCGAUCUUACCAAGGACUUUAGCGUGUGCGCGGCAACGUUCGGCCAACCUUCUGUAAAGAUGGUCUGUAAUAAUCCGCCAGAAAUUCGGGCUGACGACGAAUUAGCUAAGGACUGCCUAUGAAUAAUAAUUGUGUUAUAAUGCUGGCCGCGACUGGGCGACAGUACUUGAGUUUCUUCUGUUCUCUUCUAAUAUGAUAAAAAAAAAACUUGAUUUAUUGUGUGCUUUAUACCUCUUGUUGACUACAUGCGCGUUUUUUCUAUAGUUAGGAGAUAAGAGAGAGGUGGUUAAAGUGCAGAGAGUAUAUUGAUCAAUACCACGACAACUUGUAGUAAAUAUAUUUUUUAUAGCUCACUCCUAAAAUAAAAGAAAAUUACAGAAA